GUGUACAGAGAUAAUUCACAAUAAUCUCAAUAAUAAAUAACUUAUCUGCCUGUCAAAAUCUCCAAUCAUGGAUGAGGAUAAAUUCGCUUUAGUAGAAAAAAUACUCAAAGAUGUCGAUAAUAUCCUGUCGAAGAACGCUGACUUGUGUUCGUUCGACAUUGUGCCCGUGGAUUGCAAUUUUCAGAAUAAAUCUCCAGUUUUGCUUUUGGAGAACUGUCUAGGGCUGGAAUCCUGGUGUAUGAAGCAUGUUUACAUGUACUGCUACUCGGAAUUAAUGGACAAAUACUUUGUAAAGCCAAAACGGAAAACUGCCAAAUCAUCUGUUAACUCUGAGCGGUUGGAAAAGCUGCUUAAUGUGACAUUACUUUUAAAUCCAGAAUUGAAUACCUUCUGGAACAAGCGGAAGGAACUGGUACUAAGGUUACUGCUGGAUAAGACUGCUGAGCUACGAUUUACAAAAUUAGUUUUGUCAAGAAAGCCAAAGUGUAAUGAUGCAUUUUCUCAUAGGAGAUGGAUAUUGGAAGCCAUUUUGAAAGAUCAAAAUCUUCAAACGAAUGACAUUGAGACGUUGAUCAAUGAGGAGCUUCACAUUUGCCAGUUAUCUUCAGACAGAAGUCCCAACAACUACCACAGCUGGAAUCACCGGACUUGGCUACUCCACACACUUAAACUAGUUGAAAAGAAGUUUGAUAUUAAUUUCCUCUAUGUCAAAGAAUACAAUUUCUCCGAAGCAUGGGUGUCAAAGCACAUUUCAGAUUUUAGUUGCUUCCAUUAUAGACAAUUCUGUAUCAAGAAUAUUUUUGCUAUAUCAAAUGAACAUUGGAAGUCAUUUGAGGCUUCUAUAGAUGUGAAUCUUCGUAAAAGUUUUGUUAGAGUAUUAGCAAAGCAUUUUCCUAAAGACGCAACCAUGCAGGCGUCGGAAGAGGAUUUAAUAUCAUACUCUGAAGAAAACCUUAUCAAAUUACUUCUAUGUUAUUCUUCAAAGAGUUGUGAUUGUAUUGCCGAUAAUAUUCUUUUGUGUCGGAAGUUAGAAAUUUUAUUUCAUGAACUUGUCUUAAAUAAUGAGUUAGUGAGAUUUUAUAAAGGCCAUGAAACGCUUUGGUAUCAUCGGAGAUUUAUAAUACAUGAGAUUUUGUCUUCCAUGCAUGAUCAUUUUGGAGUAGUCAGGCUGAAUGGGGUGUUAGUGAAGGAUAUCUGCAGAAAUUGCAAUCACGAUGACUUAAGGCAGAAACAGGCAAAAAUUAUCAGGUAUGACAGCAAUCGCAUAUAUUCUUGUGUGCUAUUUAAUGUAUUAUCAAGGCAUGAGCAGGAUUUUAUUGAAGAGAGGCAAAAGGAAUGUGACAAUUAUGCCGGUAGACAUGAGAAGUAUUUAAAGUUUGUUGAAGGUCUCAAUAAUGUCAUGUAGAUGAUGAUGAUGAUGUAAGCUAUUGCCAAUAUGGGUGAAGAGAGUUAUGAAAUGGAAAUAUUGUCUGAAUAAUUUCCUUGGGCAUUUUAAAGUUAAAAAGCC